CCUUGGAGACUGGAUUAAAAUGCUAAGCACCGGCACUGGUGCGAUAUGGUGGGAAUGGAAUUGGGACACGAAGAUAUUGAGCGAGUGUAAGAGAAGAGAAGCGCAAGAAGUAGCCUCAACGAAUGCCGGCUGGGGGGAACUGGCGACGGUGGACGAGGAAAGAAGAGUGUGAGGUGGAGGGUUUUUGCUGGAGAGGAGGACAGAGGGUGAGGGCGAAAAGGAGGCAGGAAGCACGGGCUAGAAGGCACGCUAGCGACGGGCCAGGGCUAAACGCGGCCGGCUCUCCUCCAGGCUUGUGGCGAGUGCAGAUAGCGAUAGACGGCGGGCCGUGCUAUUGGCAGAUCGCGACCGGGCUGGCAGCUGGCUGGGGAGUUGGGACUGGGGAAUUGUCGCGGUGGGGGCAUUCACUGGAUGUUGAGGGCCGCCGAGGGCCGCUGGGGAGAAGGUGUGUGGCAGGACGAAGCUGGAGGGCCGGCAGAAUGCACGCUGGAACGCUGGACGCUGGACGCUGGACGCUGGACGCUGGACGCCGGCCCGCGACGACGGCCCGCGACGACGGCCUCCGACGACGGCCUCCGACGACGGCCUCAAUUGACGGCUGGGCGCGCUGGAGCGGGUGUUUCUGCGGCGUCGAGGGCAUUGUUUUGACGUGCGCAUCACCCGAUUUCACAGGCUGGCCGGCCACACGCCCUCUGCUUCUGACAGGCGUGAGACCGCACACGUCGCCGGCUCCAGCACGCACAGCUCGCCCACAAAUCGCUGGACUCGCUGCAAUGCUGAAGGGCUCCGUGUCGUCAUGCCCUCUGCGCAACGCUGGACGUCGUUCAGGCGGCUCCUCGCAGGAACCGACCAGCGAGGAGAUUCGUGGCCGAGAUGCAUCCUCAGCACUCUGGUUCCACCAUAAUGCCAUUGGAGCCGGCGCCGCGCACGCCACCCAAAAUCCACCAGUUCCCCACCGCAGCCAACGGCCAGGGCCCCGGCUCGCGCAAUCUGCUCGGAUGGCUUUUGUGGCCGUCGUUUGCAGCACGCCCGGCCGCCCUCUGCCACCUCGCCCGCCCGCAGACGCUCAAUUUCCGCGCUCAGGGCUGCUGCUGCUCCAGCCUCGCCGCGACAAUUUGGCUUAUCGGCGCCGCCGCCGUCAUCUCUCGCUCGUCACACACGGUCGCCGCGGUGCCCGAUGUGCUGCAGUUGCUGGCCGCCAGAGCACGAGGCCUCUCGUCGGUCGGCCUCCAGCUCGUCUCCAGCUGCACCAGCUGCACCAGCACUCGGCGCCCCGCCACGGCUAG